GCGAACGGUCUCGUUCAUCGAGGGGCGUGGAGUAAUGAAUUAAGGGGAGAAAAAAAAAAAAAAAGUUCGGAUCAUUUCUCCUCCAGUCGCGCACGAGCGUCUGGUGCAUGGAUUUAGGUUAAUGCGAUUUCUUUAAAAGGAAGCCUGUGGAGAGGCGCUUGUGCAGAUGAGGAUUACGGAGUCAGACGCGGCGCUCUUCACCUGGAAUACCUGAAGCUCUCCAAUGACGCGCAGCUGCAUCAAUUUAACAACUCUGUUGCAUGUCGUUCACGGCUGACAUGUCGGCCCCUGUGGUCUAGCCCGUCGAUCGAUGUUUUAUAUUCGACCGGUCGUCGUUGAUUCGAAGCCCUGAGUGAAUAAGACGCCGUACUGUCCCCCCUCAUGAGGUCGCGUUGAUGCCCGGGGACUCGGAGGAUUUUCUGAUCAGGAUGACAUUUGGUUGAAACGCUCGUGGACGCCAAACACAGCAUCAACUCUCUCGGUUUUUUUUUUUUUUUUUUUGCGCCAAGAAGCUGCACCAAACAUCCGACCGCUGCCGAACUAUAGACUCUCGGUUUUCAGACUCGGUUCGGGGAGAUGGCCGCGAUCGCCAGCUCCCUGAUCCGGCAGAAACGCCAGGCCAGGGAGUCGAACAGUGACCGGGUCUCUACUUCGAAACGUCGCCCUAGUCCCAGCAAAGACCCCCGCACUCUCUGCGAGAAGCAUUUCUUGGGGGUCUUCAGCAAAGUCCGUUUCUGCAGCGGCAAGAAAAGACCCGUUCGGCGGCGACCAGAUGCACCCUCGAAACCUCCACAGGUGUCCCAUAAGGGCUGCAGGCUAGAGCCGCAGCUGAAAGGCAUCGUGACGCGACUGUUCAGCCAGCAGGGCUUCUACCUGCAGAUGCAGCCGGAUGGAACCAUUGAUGGCAGCAAGGACGAGAACACCGACCACACCCUGUUUAAUCUUAUCCCCGUGGGUCUGAGAGUGGUGGCCAUCCAGGGAUUGAAGAGUGGCUUCUACAUCGCCAUGAAUGGAGAGGGCAUGCUCUACAGCUCGGAGAUGUUCACACCUGAGUGCAAGUUCAAGGAGUCCGUUUUCGAGAACUACUAUGUGAUCUACUCGUCCACUGUGUACCGGCAGCAGGAGUCGGGCCGGGCCUGGUUCCUCGGCCUCACCAAGGAGGGACAAGUCAUGAAGGGCAACCGGGUCAAGAAGACUAAGCCCUCGUCACACUUUGUGCCCAGGCCCAUCGAAGUUUGUAUGUACAGGGAGCCAUCAAUGCAUGAGAUUGAGGACAAGCACCGCUCCAGGAAGAGCUCAGGGACUCCCACCAUGAAUGGAGGAAAAGCUGUCAAUCAGGACUCCACAUAGCAGCGGGGGGAGGGGCUUCCAGCAGGGGGAGUGGCCUCAUCCUGACUCAGGGGGAGGGGCCAUAGGAAAACUCAACACCACCCCCCCCCCCCCAAAAAAAAAGAAUAUGCACCACCAUUCCCUCUGCAAAAAAAACAGGGUGUUGCGUCGACGAGGAGCUAUUACCGUACACCCAAGACAACAAAAACAGAACUGAACUCUUGCCUGUGAAAACCUUUUAGAUGAAUUAAUAUCAAACCAGAGGAUAUAUAUAUUAAAAGAAAAAAACAUUUUCAAUCAGGACGUGACCAACAUUUUAUGCAAAAAAAAAGAGAAAAAGCUGUGAUAAACAAACAAAGGAAUGGUGGUCUCUCUUCACACAAAUACAAAUAUAUAUCAUUUCCAAUUUAUGCUGUGAAAAACAAGCUUUAAUACAUGUUCAAAUUUUCAUACAUUGGUUUCUUUUCUAAAUGCUAUUGCACUCUCAUAUGCUUUAUUGUGUUAUUGUCAUCAGUAGUAACUAUAACAUCCUCAUCAUUACUAAUCUGUUGUAUCUUAUUCUAAUUACUAUCAUCAUUAUUCUGGAUUUAUUUUCAUUUUGAAACGAGAGAAAGUGUUGUUGUAUUUGUUCAAUUGCUGUUAUUUUCUCUCUCUCAUAGUUUGAUCUUGAAUGCACUGUCGCACUAACUGCUCUUGUGUGAGGGUAAGACUGAAUGUAUUUGAUAGUUCUCUGUGUUGGACUCCAAUGGAAACAGAGUGCUUUGGGUGGGAUGUAAUUUACUCAGGUGUGUACUGUAAGUGGGACUAAUAGGACAGAUAGGGUUGUUUCAAGUACUCUAACAGGAACGCCCCUAUACUGUUCGCCAAUGACGGGACAAGACUGAUUCAAGCAAUAGAAUAGAUAGCAGUCGAGUGUGUCUCCAAAUUAUAGUAAAAAACAGGCUGACAGCACAUCCCUGUGGUUAGGUGUGUCCGUCAGUAGAGAAGACUGACAAAGAAAUUUGGACGAGUAGGUAAAAGUCUAAGUCAAGGAAAACUGUUUUGAUAUCACUUCAAUAUACUCUUUAACAUUUGCAAGGAUUAUUAGGUUCUAAGUAAAGAGACGUCAAAAAGUGGUAAGGAAAAGUAUUCUCACCAAAAGCCAAGGGGACGAUAAUGACCAGCAUCAGCAAUAUGAGCCAUGGCCAAAAGAAACCGGUCACUUCACAUUUACACCUCAAGAAACACAGACCCCUCUCUCUGCUGUUUAGCUCGGCUACAAAUAUAACCAUAUAACAGUAUACAUGCCUUUGAACUAUAUGGAUAAAAGACUGCUGCUGUUUCUUUCCAAGCAAGAGAAAGUUGUUUUGGCAGGCGCGGCGACGACGAGGAAUAUGUGUUGAGUAUAGUUUCUAAGACUAUUUAUGUUAAGUUUUAUUGUGAAAGUAUUCAAGAUUUCUCAAAAGUGGUGGACAGGGUGCCCGACUGUUUAAUAACCCUCUGACCUGACUCGUUGAUGUUUUCAAUAUAAGGUCGCAAUCAUUAAGACCAUCACAAUGGAAGAAUGUCUCAUUGAGGAACCAGUUCGUCUGGACUUAGCCAGGUUUAGGGGAGGACGUUCUACUAAUGCCGGUGAGACUAUCUCCCCGUUUGUUUUCCCUCACAUGGUAACCCAUAAACUCUCCACCCCCCCCCUGGUUUUGUGACCCAUGAAAUGAGGCAUUUGCUGCAUUGUGGAGGGAAGCUUCUCUUUCAUAAAUCAACAUGCUGACAGGGCUGUAUAAUCAAGGUGAUUUGAAUGGUACAUACGCCGCGUAUGCUACAUAGCUCAUUCCUAAUCCCCAAUUAGUUUGUCUAACUCAGGAAGUCCUACAAUUGUUCCACGAAGGGGGCCAGACAUAAAGACUGGCCGCUCGUUGUCCAGCACCCGUUGCACAAAGCCUGGCCACCGGUGUGGUGUUCAAGGAGGUCAGGACAGGGUCGAUGGUGUUUUUAUCAUUAAAAAAGUAGUGUACGGCUAAGCUUAGCCGAGGGAGGUCGGGAAAAGGGGAUUUCAGGAGCCGAGAUGAGCAUGAACAUUGCAUGACUGCAAGGGGUGAAGUAAGCUUGGUUUCGAUUUCGAAGGCGAGAGCUAAUAAAAAGAUUGUUUCAAAUUCGGGGAGUAUUAAGUCCAAAACAUUUUUAUGCAACAUUUUGAUGCAAGAGAGUUUCCAAUCUCUGCUAUUGUCUGGCUGGAUAUUGUAUGCUAAUUUGGUGGUAUGUACAGUAAAUAGCACACAUUCAGUUGCACAGAGCAAAACUGCAGAGAUAUCAUAGAUCUGGUGUUCUACCAUGUGCCUGGGUCCAUAGCUGGUGCAAGUACCGGUAGAUUAGUUCAACUUCCACAGCACGUAUACCUAACAGUGAUGCAUACAGUAUAUUAGACGAGAGACUGAAAGUCAACAGGCAAGACCAGCAUACGAAAGUAUCUUUUUAUAGAGGUUUAUAUUGGUGCAAAUGACAUACAUGUGGGACUUAAAAAGCAAUGCAUGAAAUUGGAUGUACCCGAUGUCAACUGUUGACGGCAGAAUGAGAGGAUUUGAGAAAAGGGACGAAUAAAGCAAAGAGGUAAAAAAAAUAAACAGCUGAUGUAAGCGAGCGGUAAAGGAGAGCACUUUACAGGAGGUUUAUUGAUUUAUGAAAGGGCGACCAAAGGCUUUGGUUGUUUGUAAUAUUGAGUAGAAUUUAUUGUUUUUAUGUUUGCAGAUGAUUUCACUGCAUUGGAACACGCCCAUAUAUGCAUUAUGAAUUGUGAGAUGAAAUAAAAAAAAAUAUGCAUUGAUAAUAAAAAUCAGAAUGAAGUUAGUGAUUGUUUAAGAAUAAAGACUAUGUUAUCAAAAA